AUGGCAUAUCCUUACACUUUUAACAAUAACAAUAACGACUAUAAUGCUGGUGAAUAUAAUAAUAACGGAUAUAAUGACUUUGGAAAUAACGGCAAUAACUUUCAAGAGCAGCAAUUCCAGCGAGCGCAAGAUAUUUAUGAAAACAAUAGGUAUCCACCAAUCGACAACAGGCCAUUAAAUAAUAAUGGAAGAAAUUUAGGGUAUUCACAGAAGCCAGAACCUCUACAAGAUUACAGCAGAACUUCACCUAAAUAUUCCACACCACCUUUAGAAGUGCAUCCACCGUCGUCUGGAAAACAGCCGUAUCAAGAAAACAUACAGCAUGUCGUUGCGGAACCUUUAGUUACAAAUUUUGGCCAGCAAGAAAUGCAACCACAAUAUAACACGCAACACCAAUAUAAUCCAGAUUAUUCAAAUUAUCAAAAUCAAAAUUAUAAUUUGCAAAUGCAGGCACCUUUAUAUAAUUCCCAGAUGCCAACUCCGAUGUCUUAUGGUCACGAACUACCAUCAGAUCCCUCUUAUAAUUAUCCUAUUCCACCAUCAUAUAAUUUAAAUCAAACACAACCAUAUUCACAUUCUGCAUACACAUCAAACGGUCCUCAGCCUCCAAACAAUUAUUCUAAUUAUUCCCAAUCCCAAAACGCAACAUAUACAUCAAAUGAUCCAUAUCCUCCGAACAAUUAUUCACCAGCAUACACAUCAAACGAUCCUCGUCCUCCAAAAAGUUAUACAUCACCUCAAAACAUUGAAACUGCAUCUCAAACGUCAAAUGAUUCACGUUCUCAAAAAAAUUAUUCUCCAAAUGGCCCUCAACCUCCAAAGAAUUAUUCACCUACUCUAAAUAAAACAUAUACUCCAAACGAUCCUCGUCCUCCAAAAAGUUAUAUUCCACCUCAAAACAUUGAAAAUACGUCAAACGAUCCGCAUCCUCCAAAAAAUUAUUCACCAACUUCAAACAAAGCAUAUACAUCAAAUGAUCCACGUCCUCCAAAAAGCUAUUCCCCAUCUCAAGAUAAUAAUA